UCUUCAUCUGCUCGGCUCCUUUUGAAACGGCUCACCAGUUGUGAUCAAAUCGUUUUAGUGAGUGGAAGUGUUAAAAGUGUGAUCCUGCAGUUGAAGCAUUGAAACAAUAUAACAUGCGAUGAGUUCACUAACACUGAAUUCUGUUUCGGACAGAAUUUCGUACACUCCGUUGUGGGGACAAUACGGGUCGGUAAAGAAGAGUGCGGGUCGGUAUAGCAAGCGGUGUUUGCGCACGCGUUCUUGGUCCGGACAGAAAACAACACCCAGUGUUCGGCUGCUGGAGCAGUUGGAAGUGUGCUGCGAGGAGCUCAAUGUAGCGAUAAUGGCCGAACUGGACGAGCGUGAGCGCAUCAACCAGGAGCUGCGGGAGCAGGUCCACCAGGAGCUGGACAUCGCCAGGGGUCUGAUCUACUAUACUCCUGGCUUGGAGGGGCUCAAGAAAGUCCACACAAAAUUGGAGAGCAUUGUCAUUGAUCGGAGUAAAAGGGUCAAAUCCGACAACUUGCGAAAGCUUCUCGAAAGCGUGAAACUCCUACAAAAAAAGGCUGACAUCAAUGAAGAGAAAUCAUCCAAAGCGGCGCCUGUUGUGGAACCGGUUACCUCCACGACAAGCACUCCGGCAACAAUCCAACCGAGUGCUUCCCCGGUUAAAAUUCCCGCACCGGUGCAAUCUCCUCCGAUUGUUUCACCUUCAAAACCCGCCCUUCCGGCACCAGAGACUGCACCGGUCGAGUCAACCAAAGUGGUCCCAGCGAACUCCGCUCCAAAUGUCACCUCCGGAAGUCCACUUGCUGUUCCGGAAAUUCAGAAAGAUAAACCCGCCGAGGAGGAGAUCCGACCGCCGCGGGAAAUUAUCACCGAACAGGCCAAGCUCAAGCAGAAGGAACAAAUUCCGUGGCGAACGCCGACUCGCUUGGAACAGUUCCGGGAAGUGCGCAGCAAGCCGCAGCAACCCAAAAAGGACGAGGUCCACAAGAAGAGCUCAACGAGUAGAAACUUGGUGGAGCCGUUGCCGCUGAAUGAACCCGAGCGGUUGGCACUACGUUACAAGACGAAAGUUAGAAAGCGUCCCGCUGAGGAGUCGCUGCCGUCACCGGCGGAGUCUCAUUUCAAGAAGCCAUUUGCGCUUCCGGAAGUGGAAUCGCAGAAACCUCUAUUCCAGCGACGUCACCAACUGGCGCAACCUGCCGGAGGACCGAGGGUUGGUAACUUACCCAUGCCAAGCCGAGAUCCGCGCAACUACGGUGACUACUGCAACCGCCGAAUGACGCUUUCGCAGAAUCAAGCUCGGUUCGAACGGCAACAGCAGCAUUACUUUCCUCCACAGAGGAAACAGCAACAGCAUCUGCAGCAUCACGAGCAACCGGCAAGACCGUUGGCCGCCGCUCAUCCGUUUGCAGUUCCAGCACCGGUGGCGCCAACGGCGCCAAUGCAGCGUCCUGCUGCGCCCAAGGCCUCCGUGGCGCCGAACAGUUCCCGACCCGCUGUUGCACCGGCGGCGACUCCGACCGCUCCAGUGCCACCUGCGGUGGUGAUCCGAAACGACACGAGGAAAACCAACCCGGUGUACGGGAACGAUGAACCGAUUCGGCUGGGUAAGAAGGACGAUCCGAAAAAGCAGAUCUCACCGGCGAAGCCAGCGGAAGAGCCGGAACCUAAGCCGGUAGAGAAGGAGCUCGAGAAGAAGACUGUUGAGGAGGAGAAACCUGCACCGGAAGUCAAGAAGCCGCCCACGCAGAAGGAGAAGGACAGCGCACUACAUAAGGACCUGUACGAAAUGCUGAAAGUGUUGGGCGAUGAUAAAGCGAAGCAAAUUCUGGACGUGAUGGGCACAAAGUCGGAUGAAGAAGUGGAGGAGCAACCAAAGGAGCAGCAGCAGGAUGAACCACAAACCAAGCGUGGCAAGACUCCGGCUGAGAAAAAGGCCGCCGGCAAAAAGUUCAAACGCAUUCGCGCGGCAAAACCGGACGAAUCGUCGUCGGAGGAUGAAGCUGCGCAGAAGCAAAAGACAACGCCUGAGCAGACAGCCAAGAAGGAGAAGCCUACAAAGUCGGCGGCUAAGCGAGCUUCUGGGGGAAGUCGCGAGUUGAGUGCACUCAUUGAGAACUCUAGCGAUUGGAUGGCCAAGGGUAACGUGGAGAAUCACUACACCAGACGGCGGGGAAUCACUGCUCAGCAGCAGAUUAGUCCGCAGAAAAAGGAUGAGGACAAGAACUCGACGCAAGUCAUAUCCGACGAUGAAGGAGCAGCAAGUUCGAAGCAACAGGUUGAAGAUCCUCUGCUGACGGUGGCCAAGGUGGUUCCGGCAGCGCCAACCAAGGGCAAGCAAAAGGCUAAGGAGACAACGAUCGUGUACAACGACAAGAAGACGGUUCAUUGCAACAGCAACUACUCGAGCAACUGUGCACUGUGCUCGUUCAACGGGUCAGCGAUCGUCGAUCACUACGUGUACGACCACAAGACGUACGAGGUGUUUGUGAGUCGCGUUUCGCCCAAGAUGGCCGACAUAAUCCGGUCGGAUCUGUUCGUGACCAACGGAACGUUGGAGACCGUUGGCGAUAACAACGAGGAGAAGAUUCGCUUCAAGUGCUACUUCUGCUUGGCCCCGAAGGAGUUGGGACGCGCCGAGUGGACGGAUCAUUUGUCGUCGCACACGGGUGAGUACCGCUACCGGUGCACCAGCUGUCCGGUCAUGUCCCGUACGGAGGAGCUGGGCAGCAAAUUCUUCCACGAAAAGUCGUGCAUGAAGCCAACGCUGGCAGUCUACAACAACAUCGAGUUCGAAGACAAUCAUAUAUUUGGAUUCAUCUGCGACGCCUGCAACUUCAUCCAAAUUCGUCGGGUCAACAUGGAGCGUCACUUGAAGCGAGAACAUCCUUCCUCGGACGUGACCUGCAGCCGGUUCAGUAUUCUCAACUAUAAGGUCGAAACCAAACCCAUCGUCGACGAGGAACUGCUGAUGAUGGCAGACAUGAAACCCGCUUCAAGCCAGCCAACCGUAAUGAUCCCGUUCACCGCGAAAUCCGAACCCAUGGACACGUACGAGAUCGUCAACCAACCAUUCACCGAGGACGAAGAAAUGCCGGAACUGUCGCACCUACCUCGCCGCACCGAAAUUCGCCUGGAGUCCGUCCACAUUGGCCAGGUCGGCGGAAGUCUCCCCAGUCAGCUGGCUCAGCUACCGUUCACGAUCAAGAUGGAACCGGGUCUCCAGCAGGACUCCAUAACCAGCUCAAACAGCUACGAGUCCCCGAUGUCACCGGAACCGGCUAGUUCGUCUGAUAGUGAAGCCCAAGCCUCAAUUCCAGUCCUGCAAAUCCAGUGCGUGUCUGGGGGAGUCGACCUGAGUGCGUACGCCACCAUCGUCAAGCAGGAGAAGCCGGACGACGAAGGGUGUGAGUCGGACGCCAGCGAUGCCACCGUCGAUCUCAAUUUGUCCGGCGAACAGGGUCGCCAGUGUGCAACGGAUGCGAAUCAACAGAACAACAACAGCAGUGGCGGAACGACGACACCGACCGGAAGCGAGUCAAGCGGUGCUGGGGGUGCUACGGACGCUGCUGGAACAAGUGGUGGUCAGACCGCCGGUGGAGGUGGUGCAGCGGGUGGUGCUGGUGGGGACGGCGGAGACGAUCGCAAGAAGGAGGAGUUCCCCGUGCCGUUGCAGAUCAAGGUUGAGAAGGACGAAGCUGUCGAGGAGGAGGAGGAGGAGGAGGAGAAGAAAAAGAAGAAACAGCAACUGGAAGGCGUAACAACCGCCAUGGAGAACGUCAAAGUCAAGACGGAAAAACCCGACCGCAAGUCGCCCCAACUCGAGGCAACCACGUACGACUUUGCUGAGCUGGUUCUGGACAGCAAGCGGAUGCAGUACGUUGCCUACGUCGAGCGCAACUCGGAGGCCCUGUUUCUGUGCAUUCUGCCAGGCUGCAAGUUCAUCACGAAGCUAGCGGACAGUUUGAGCAACCACAUUACGAAGAAGCACAGUCGCGUGCUCUGGGACGGCUACUGCCAGGAAUGCCGCUCGCAAAUCACUUCGGCAGAUUGUCCCAUGACCGAGGAGUUUCAGCAUCUGCUGAAAACCCACGCGCGCAGGAAGACCCCUCCGUUGGAGACUCCAACGGUCAAUGCGGUGCCGCCGGUUGUUGCAGCUGGUGCCGCUACCGCUCCGAACGUGAUUCGAAUUCGCAAAAUGCCCGGCGAUACGCUGUCGCUUGGGGACGCUUUGAAUCCUCCUCCGUUGAUGCCAAUCUUGCCACAACCCGUUCCCGUAGAGGCCUUCACAUCGCCGAUGAUCCUCCAGUCAGGUGCGACCAUAUCACCAGCUCCGGUUGCGCUCAAUCAGCUGUUUACGCCGACGCACACCAUUCCGGCCCAGAUUCGGCCCAUCACGGCCACCGUCGGGCCGAACAUUUCCGUGACUCCGGUCAUCCGGGCGCCGACUACCUUACAGGCCGGACCACAGCGUACGGUGCGGCUGAAGCCGUGGACCAACAUGGUGACGACGAAGAGCCAGGAACACUGCCGCGAGAUGCUCGAGGAGAUCAGCCUGCACUGUCUGUUCAAGUGUAUGUCCCGCGCUUGUGCGUUCACCUCCAACAGCCGCCUCAUGAUGGAACAACAUUUGACGAAUCACGACAACGUGCACCGUUCAGGACCGACCAGCCUGCGCAAGUGCUGGCUCGAGUGCGCCUAUUGUGACCUGAUUGCACCGAACAGCGCCGACCUGCUGGUCCACAUCGACACGGAGCACGCCAACUGUGGCUUCCAGUGCAAUAUGUGCUUCUACCGGAGCCGCGAUCCCACAAACGUUGUAGUGCACCAGAAGGAUCAUCAUCCAUCGUCGGACAUCCCGAAGAAGAUCCUCAUCAUGCCGGACAACCUGAAGAGCUUCGGUGACGCUGAGUGGCGUUCCAUGCAGGCCUCGCUUCGUCAGCACGUGCUUCCGUUGCACUGUACCAUCUGCAAGGAGUCGUUCUACAUCCUGUCGGCUUACAUGACCCACCUGACGGGCCACUCGCAGUGUCUGAUCAACUGCCAGGUGUGCAACGCGACCAUCGACAAGAAAGUGAUGGCGCGUCAUCUGCUGCAGCACUCAAUCGGGUUGUACGAGUGCGUGUACUGUCUGUUUGGGGCCAACACCAAGUCCACGAUGGCCCUGCACGUGAGCAACGCCCACAGCUCGAAGCCGCUGUACUGCUGCGUUCGGUACAACAAGCAGAGAUCGGAUGGUGUUGAAUAUCCACCGAACAAGAUCGAAUCGAUGGAGCUGAAGACGAUGAGCUGUACCGUAUCGCCGGAUUUGUUCAAGCGGUGCAGCUACAGCCAGGACGAGUUGAACUUUAAGCCGCCAGAUUUGGAAACCAAUCGGCUCAUGUCGUACCGGAAGGUUGGGAUCGCUGUUCCGUCAACGCCAUCGUUGGAUCAGUUAAGCGCGUCGCCCGCUUCCAACAUCCAGAUCCAGAUAACGGACGAAGCCGGUCGGCCGUUAAUCAUAUCGAUUCCGGUUAAGAACCCUGCGCAAUCGGCGCCACUAGUUCCGGUUGCAGGACCAUCAACGGCCGCUUCAGCACCGGUUCCCGUGGCGAUCCAUUCCGUCCAGAUGCCAACGAUUAGUACGGUUCAGGGUGGUGUGACGAUCAAUCAGUCUCAAUUUCAGACUCAACCCAAACCGGCUCCACUUCCGGUGAUUGCCGCCGUUCAGGGUAGUCUACCUCCGUUGACGGCCAUCAGUCAGCUGAAGCAACCGGGCAUGCCUAUCAUCAGCAACGUCCAGAGUAUCGCACCACCUCCGUUGACGAUCAAACCAAGGUCUUCGUCACCGGUAGUCGUUUCGACGAGUGGCGGCGUCAGCACGUCGUACUCGAUCCCGGCGACCAUUUCGGCGGUCAGCAGCAGUUCGACUGCGGAUAUCUACACGACGACGGUAGCCGAAGCGGACACGCAGUCAAACAGCGCGGCGGAGUUGGUCGUCGGCAACGCAGAAUCGGAUGGCUCCGGAAGCAACUCACAGUCUCCGGCGCCAAGUUCAAGUUUGGUCACGACGACAUCGUCAACUUCAACCACGUUGACGACGACGAUUGGUGGAUUGAAGGCGGGACCGGCGAAAAAGUUGGCCAGCACGACCCAGAUUCGGAUCGACUUUUUGUUCAACGGAAGUAUCGACAAGUUUGACCGGCUGGAGCGGAAGGUCAGCGAGAUGAUCAAACACACGGGCUUUUGCGGGCAGGAGUUGAACGCAUGCGGUGUUGAAAAGUGCAACAGUCGGUACAGCGAUCCGGUCAAGCUGAAUCUGCACCUGCUCAAGCAUCACAGCGUGUCAAGCUACAAGUGCUACCACUGCGUUGAGCGGUUCAAGACGGCUCAUGAGUUGAUAACGCACAUAAAAACUCACGGUCGGCAUCGAUAUCUGUGCUUCAUGUGCGAUGCCAAGAGUCACUUUUUGAAGAUGAUGAUCGUGCACGUGCAGCACGACCACAAAAGCUCGGACGUCAUCCUGACGUAUCUGCAUCCGAAGAAGCGAGACAUUCACAACGAUCUGGUGGUGAUUUGCCCGCAGAACGUGACCCAGAUUCAGCUGCAGGACUACAUCAACAAGAUACUGGACGAGGAGGAGCCGGAUGCAACGCAGACCACGGCCCUUCCUGCGAAAAAGAAAAAGUUUGCUCCCUCCGAGAUCGACCAGCUUCCGGCUGAGGAGAUAUUCGCGGAAGAUUUGCUCUGUGCCAACUGCGAAUACGCCACCAAAAUCCGGAAGAACUUGAAGCGCCACCUGGAGAAGCACCUGGAUCUACCGAUUGAGGGCGUACCGGUUGUCAUUUCACCAACAAUGGACUCGGAACCAUCGGCAACGCCUCCACCAGAGGAACCGGAACCAGAUAAACCAACCGAGCCGCAGCUGAUCGACCAGGACAAGCUGUACCAGUGCGGCAUCUGCAGUUUCGAGUGCGAACCGGUAAUUGCCGAGUUCCGAACGCACCUGUACCGCGUCCAUCGACACGAGAAGGUCUACAAAUGCACCCACUGCGGGACGAUCGUGAAUAACGGUUUUUUGUGCAUCGACAAGAUCGUCAACCAUCUGAAGCUGCACCGCGAGAAGCUGUACAAGUGCAGCGAGUGCGAGUACUACCGGGACGAAAAGUACCUGAUUCCGCAGCACCUGAAGCAGAACCAUGCCGGAGUGGCGGGAGCUUGCGUCGUGACUGUUCGGGAGAAGGGGAUUCAGCAGCCGCAGCAGCCGGACGAUCAAGAGUGGCAGUGCGAUCUGUGCGAGACGAUCCGGCGGACGCGGGACGAGAUGGUGGCGCACAUGACCGGCGACCACAAGCUGAGCGAUAAGCAGUACAAGUGCUCGUACUGUUCGUACAAGUCGAGCGAGCACGACUCGUUCAAGAUUCACUUUGCCGAGAGUCAUCCCAAGUGUGAGAUUUUGAUCAUUUCGCUGUUCCAUGCGGUGACGAAGGCGGCAGUUCAGACCACUCAGAUCGCGGUAGUUGGGACGCCGGUGACGGUGCCAACGGUGGCGAGUAUGGAGCUGGUUGAAGCUGGUGCGGAACCGUCGACGACGACGACGUCCAUGGCGAUGAACCGGAAGAGGUUCUCCUGCGGCAGCGAGGCUUGCUCGUUUGCUUCGUUGAACCUGCAGAUUGUGAAGAAACACUUUGUGGACCAACAUCCGGAGGAAUCGGUGGUGGUGUUUGACGAUACCGGAAUCGAGCGGGAGAAGCGCAAGCGAUUCGACUACUUUGUCAAGUACGGGUGCGGCUAUUGUGCAGACAAGUUUGUCGUGAUGGACGACGUGAUCGAACACUGGUACAACACACACAUGGGCACGGGGGAAAGCGUUAAACCGUUGAUGUUCAAACUGUUUAAGCUGGUACGGUGCGUGUACUGUGACAAACUGGCCACGUACGACGAGAUCAAGGAGCACAGCGCUGCGGCCCAUCCCGGUCAGUUGUUUGCCUGUAUUGAUCACCAGAAUGUGUUCAAGUGUGGCGAGUGUCCGCACAUCCUGGAGAACCACGACAGCGCAGUUCUUUUGAAGCACUUUAAAAUCUACCACAGUCUUAGCAAGGUUGAAGAUCCAUGCGAUUACAUCGACGAUGAGUUCCUGCACCGAAUGCUCGAGCAGAACAACAGCCGUUACACGUGCAACCACUGCCUGCUCGAGUACGACAGUCGCUUCGAGUACGAGUGCCAUAUCGCGGUUUGCGAGUUCGCCGGCCUCCCCUCAAGCUUCAAAACAACGCCCAAAUCGGUCGCGAUCCAGUUCAACUGCAGUGGCUGCGAGGCUUCGUUCAACAGCGAGUUCGCCAUCGCCGAUCACAUCCGGACGCACCUCACGCAGUACAGCUGCAGCUUCUGCAAGCGCGAGUUCAAAGAACUGCACCGGCUCGAUCAACACCAGGUCGAGUUCCACAACGUAUCGCACGACGCCACGAUCAUCCUCAAAGAUCUCAACCAACAUCGCCUCUUUUUCACCAAAAUCCGAAUGCUUUUCCCCAACGGGUUGCUCCUCAGCAAAAUGGACGCCCACCGAACCGUGUGCGGCUCCGUCGAGGACAUCAUGAACCACGUCCGCUCCAUCAACACCAAAGAAGUGUUCAACCUCAAGCUCCAAAAAGCCCUCCAAAUGCCCCUUCUCUACGAAAACGACGACUACGAAACCGUCGAGACGACCUGCGCCCAAUUCCUCGACAGCAAACCAACCCACUUCUCCCUCCCACUCGAAAACCUCACACCGGGACUCAUAACAGAAAUCCAAGAGCAAGUCUACGCCCUACACAAAGCCACCUACAAAAAGACCCAGUCCCGCAAACGUGGCCGGCCGCGCAAAACCAACCAACGCGUCGUCUACAACGAGUCCGCCGAGGACGAAGACGACGACGACGAGUGGACGCCGGCCCACAAACGCAUCGGCUGGUCCCGGCCCGGAUCGUCGCGGCCGACGACAACGACGGCUCCAGCGAUUGCGUCGGUUACAGUUAAGAAAGAGUACGAUGAAGCGACUACGACGACGACGACGCCAACGACGACCUCGGGACGGGUUAGCAGUCGGAAUAGCAGCAGCAGCAGUUCGGACGAUGAGUUAUUGAUCAACUUUAAGAAGGAGAAGCUGGACGAGCAGGAGGAAGAGGUCGCUGUGGCCGUUAAGGAGGAAAAGAUGGAGCAGGAUGGCGGUGGUGGCGGUGGAACGACCGAUUUGCUCGUUGAGAUGCCGCUUGCGAAGGAGGAGGAUGAUUGUGAAGAGGAAGGAUUUGAGGGAUUCUAGUGAGAUGAUGAUUGAAUGAAUGAAUUGAUCCGUGUUUUUGUGUGAUCGAGAAAGCGAAAAAUGUUUCCUGUUACUGGUGUAAAAUAUAAGAGACAACAACAAUUAAAAA